AUGAACCAGCUGUGCAAAGUUUGCGGAGAGCCGGCGGCUGGUUUUCAUUUUGGGGCAUUUACAUGUGAAGGCUGCAAGUCUUUUUUCGGUCGAACAUACAACAACAUAGCGGCGAUAGCAGGAUGCAAGCACAACGGCGACUGCGUGAUCAACAAGAAGAACCGAACGGCCUGCAAGGCGUGCCGGCUGCGCAAAUGCCUCCUGGUGGGGAUGUCAAAGAGUGGUUCCCGCUACGGUCGACGGUCCAACUGGUUCAAGAUCCACUGCCUCUUGCAGGAGCAACAGACAACGACGGGCGUCGGAGGAGUUGGUUCGGGCGGAAGUGGAUCAGGUGGCGGCGUGAGCAGUGCGAGUCUGGAGCAGCUGGCGCGACUGCAGCAGGCCAGUAAUCAGGCGCGCCAAACCUAUCAGGAUAAGACGAAUCCCUGUAUUAAGUCAGCCACCGCAACAUCGCCCAAAAUCGAGGGAGCGGCCGUGGGCACAGGAGUUGGUGGCGCCGCCUCACCCUCGUUCCUUCAGGCGGUCAAAUUUCACCACAAUCAUCAUCACCACCAGCGGCAAUUGAAGCUCGAAUCUCGCCUCAGCAAUACGCCCAGUGAUUCGGGAGCAUCUUCGGCGGGAGAUCCCAAUGAAGAUGGAGCAACCAGCGUGCUAAGCGGUCAGAUCCCCACACCUUCAUCCACCAACGCCACCCGCCUACCCAAGUUCGAGCUGCGGCAUCCCAACUUUCCGGCCACUUCGGAGCCGGAUGCGGAACUGCAGCGGCAACGCCACCAGGAGCUGCUCGAGAUCUUCCGGAGCCACUCGGAGCCGCUGUACAGCUCCUUUGCCCCAUUCAGCCACCUGCCACCAGUACUGCUCGCCGCCGGAGUUCCGCAGCUGCCCAUCUUCAAGGAUCAGAUCAAGGCCGAGCUGCUGUUUCCCACGGCCAGCAGUCCGGAACUGGAGGAGCCCCUCGAUCUGUCCUUCAGAUCUCGAGCGGAUCCCACCAGUCCGCUGGUCCACACCUCCAGCAGUCCCAGCUUAAGUGAGCCGGCAGCGGCGACUCACUGCUUGGCGGAAUCCCCGACCUUCGUGCGAAAGGCCACGCCCCUUGAUCUCACCCUGGUGAGAUCACAAACACUGACAGGCUGA